ACAGAUCGAUUUUAGUGCGCGCAGCGUCGAACGCAAGGCCAGAGCAGCAGAAUCGAAUUUCAGGGCAGCUGUUGUCGUCCCGAGUGUGAAAGCUACGGUAGCGAAGAUGGCCAGAAAUGAUACCAUGUGGCAGAAGGUGAAGAAAACCAUCGGCAACGAGAUUCAGGACGAAGAGAAGCUCGCCGGCAAUUUGAGACUUCUGCGAGCAGUAGCUCUGUUUGCAGGGUCCGUUUUCGUCAUGCGAAACUUUGGUGAGCUUAUGGCCGUGUAAGCCAGCAUGUACCAGAGUGAUGCGAGAACAAUGUAAGGAGAAUGCGUUCGAGCAAGGAAGAGCUCAAGUGAAGGUCAUUCAGCAUCACCUGAACAAUUUUGAUACCAUGAAGAACGAUAUUCUUUCCUUAUCUGCCACUGCAGAAACUGUCUUCAGUUCUGCCAAAGAUGCCACCGGUUCGGAGCUGAUACAUAUGAAGAUAUGUACGUUCGGAAGGUGACGUAUUUAACUAAGGGACUAGGGAUCUGACUAGUGCUGAAAAGAUAUCACCGGCGAUGGACAUUCACUUGUAAGAGAUUCAACCCCCUGAAUCUCCUUAUCCGAUUGAAGAGCUUGAGUACAAGUCUAUCUUCCGAUCCACUGAGGUCCUCAG